AACUUCUUGUAAGAGCCACGUCUUCGACAGGCAGUGUUCCUUUGGUGAAAAGAGAGAAAAGUAUAGGUUUUGGAUUUUAGGAAUAAGCACGGUGAUCCACGAUGCUGCCGAAAUAUUUUAGUUUUCUUUUCCUGUUGUUUGUUACUGUCCUGGCUGAAGAAAAAGACGUCCUGGAGCUUACGGAUGAGACUUUCAGCCAUGAAUUAGAUCGGCUAGAAAACACGCUUGUUAUGUUUUACGCACCAUGGUGUGGUCACUGUAAACGAUUAAAACCAGAAUAUGCCAAAGCUGCUGAGUUACUUUUGGGUAAUGAUCCUCCAAUUGCUCUUGCCAAGGUAGAUUGUACAGAAAGUGGUAAGGAAUCGUGUAACAAAUACUCGGUUAGCGGGUAUCCAACGUUAAAAAUUUUCUCUAGAGGUGAUGUUGUUAGCGAUUAUAAUGGACCUAGAGAAGCUGCAGGCAUUGCUAAAUACAUGAAGGCACAAGUUGGACCUGCAUCUAAACAAUUAACUGGAGAAAGUUGUCUAAAAUCAUUUUUGGAUUCCGAUGAAGUUGGUGUUGUGGGUUUCUUUGAAAAAGAAAAUACACCUUUGGCACAAUCUUUCCAGGCUGUAGCCAAAAAACUUAAGGAAAAAGUUAGAUUUGCUCAUACAACUUCAAAGUCACUCAUGGAAAAGGAAGGAUACAAGAAUACCAUUGUCUUGUACCGACCGAAAGUAUUGCAAAAUAAAUUUGAAGCAAGCACUGUGAAAUAUGAAGGUGGAGAUUCCAUGAGUGAUAUUCAAGAAUUCAUCAACACGAAUUACUUUGGUAUCGCGGGUGUUCGUACGCGUGACAAUGCAGGAGAAUUCAAGAAUCCACUAGUUGUUGCAUACUAUGCUGUGGAUUAUGUGAAGAAUCCCAAGGGUACAAACUAUUGGCGCAACAGAAUCAUCAAAGUCGCUAAAGACUUCCCUAGCUUGAACUUUGCUAUUUCUUCCAAAGACGACUUCCAACACGAACUCAAUGAUUUCGGAAUUGACUUUGUAAAGGGCGAUAAACCUAUUAUUCUGGCAAGGAAUGCAAAGAACCAGAAGUUUGUUAUGAAAGAUGAAUUUUCGGUAGAUGCUUUUGAAACGUUUUUGAAAGAUCUGGAAGCGGAAGCUUUAGAAUCGUAUUUAAAAUCGGAACCAAUUCCUGAAGACAAUAGUGGACACGUUAAGGUUGCAGUAGCUCGCAACUUCGAUGAAGUUAUUACGAACAAUGGUAAAGACACACUGAUUGAGUUCUAUGCACCUUGGUGCGGUCAUUGCAAGAAAUUAGCACCGGAUUACGAUAAAUUGGGUGAGAAAUUAGCGGAUGAAGAUGUCGAAAUUGUAAAAUUCGAUGCUACAGCUAACGAUGUUCCCGCACCAUAUGAAGUUCGAGGAUUCCCAACACUUUAUUGGGCACCUAAAAAUGCCAAGGAUAAUCCUGUUAAAUACGAAGGUGGCAGAACGAUUGAUGACUUCGUCAAAUAUAUUGCCAAGCAUGCAACUGAUGAGCUUAAAGGAUUCGAUCGCAAAGGCAAACCUGUUAAGCCAAAGAGCGACGAAUUGUAAAUUUCUUUCAUAAUAAAUGCAAGAUUGUUCAUCACAUUUUUAUAUACAUCAGCAGCGAAAUUUUGGAGUUAAAUAUUUCUUGUAUGACAUACAAGUAUAACAAAGGGAUUAAAGAUCAUUAACUCGUGCUGCGCAUUUAUUUUACAGAGCAUUUAAAAGUGAAACAUAAUUAGCAUAAGGUGAUUUACGUGUAUUAUGUAACGUUUAUAAUAUUGUAAAUCGUGUAAACUAUACAGACCUGAUUUAGAAUUAUCGUGGUAAUGUUUUCCAGAUUUAGUGAAUUACAUUUAAGCUUGAAUUCUUCAUUCCAUUUUCCAUGAUUGACCGUCAUAGAUUUAAAGUCAAUAUAUUCUUGCUUUGUUUGUACCAAAAGUGUAAUAAAUUGUUUUGUAUAAAAAUUU